UUAUUAUUGCAUAACACUAUAAUAUUCAUUAUUAAUUAUUAUUCAAUAAUACCAUUCUAUUGAGUAGUUCUCCUUAGUCCUUAGUCUUGUAUGCUGUAACACUGUAGACGCUGGCGCAACGUUUAACUCCGUUCCGCAGUCAAAUCGCGUUGUGAUUUAAUCUCGUCACAUAGCUGUAUAGCAGUGCGGCGUGCUUUCCAUACUCACGAUCCCGUCGAACGAUUACUAGUAGUAUAAUAAAUAAUAUCAAUAGCGUUUUAGUGAUCAGACUCGCGGAAAACCUCAAAUUUUCUGGCGCACUCGCCCGUUUCCAAUCUUCUACCUUGCGGUAGUGUCUAUAGCCUUCCACGCUCGGCUAUCCGUCCCGUGCUCAACGUUACCAUCAUGACUGCUUUCAGUACCGCGUUCGCGGUCGCCAUCUGCAGUUUCGCGUUAUUCGGUAUGACUUUCGUGUCAUCUGACAGCGGUGGCAAUCCGUCUAAGAGUGUUCACCUCGGCAGCGGUAAAGGACCGAUCGAAGGUCAACAGACGCUAAAGUUCCUGUAUUGUUAUUCUUGUGGAUAUCAAAAGGCAUUUGAUCAAUAUUCAAGUAUUCUAAGUGAAAAAUACCCUCAUCUUAAUAUUGAAGGAGCAAAUUAUGACCCUUCUAUGGCACAUUUACUAGCAGCCAAAAUAUUGAGCCUAGCAAAAAUGGUGAUUAUAAUUGCCAUAGGAUCUGGAAUCAACUUAUUUGAAUAUAUUGGCAAACAGCAACCAAACUGGUGGAUCUGGUGUACAUCAAACAAAAUCUAUGCUUGUCUUGUGGUAUUUUUUGGUUCAAAUAUGUUUGAAGGAAUGCUUAUUUCAACUGGUGCAUUUGAGUUGUACUUUAAUGAUAUUCCUGUUUGGUCGAAAUUAGAAACUGGAAGAAUUCCUCAACCUGCUGAAUUAUUACAAAUUAUUGAUAACUAUUUAUUGUUUGAAAACCCGUAUCCUGCCUAAGUAUUUGAAAACAUUUAUUUUCAUAAAAAAUAAUUUCUUCUUUAA